AUGGGCCUGUCAGCGAGUGCUGGAUGCGGGCAGUCGAGCCGAUACACCGACCGGGCACCUCAAGGACGACGACACUGGGCAACCUUCGGCCACACUUCAAAGCUCUCGGAACGUCUUCUCAUCAUGGUCAACAUUCCUAAGACCCGACGGACUUACUGCAAGGGGAAACAAUGCAAGAAGCACACCCCCCACAAGGUCACCCAAUACAAGACCGGCAAGGCUUCGCUUUUCGCACAGGGUAAGCGUCGUUACGACCGAAAGCAAUCCGGAUACGGAGGACAGACCAAGCCUGUGUUCCACAAGAAGGCCAAGACCACCAAGAAGGUCGUUCUUCGAAUGGAAUGCACAGUAUGUAAAUACAAAAAGCAGGUUGCCUUGAAACGAUGCAAACACUUUGAACUCGGUGGUGACAAGAAGACAAAGGGUGCUGCUCUCGUGUUUUAA